UAGCGGGGUUUAUAAUUAAAUAAAUAAAAUAAUGAACACAAAAAACACUGCGGGCGUGAGCCGGAACAUAUUAUUAUAGACUUGUAGCACUGUGCAAUACUACCUUGAGAAACUACGACUAGUUGCGCAAUCAAGACUGACUCAUUCUCCCUCUCGCAGUAAAAACAAAAAAGCGCCAAGGGGGACGGUGGGACACUCGCUAUCACAUUUAAUCUUGAACAGAGACUAACUUUUCUCGUAAUAGGCCAGUGCUUGAAGAAUACAGAAGUCUGCAACUGAGCCAAGGAAUGUACGCGUGUUAGUGUCAGAUACUCCGUGACAUGACAGCACAAAACGCUGCGUUUGCACAACGCUAGACUGUACUAACAAACAACACCACCACCUGUAUCUCUAUCAGUAUGGAUCAGAAGUUUAUAUAUCCGGUAACGGGGUUAAGUACCGAAAUUGGACUUGAGGAAAUACAAGGACUGAUGUCGCUGUGAUCUUCUUAUUUUAAAUACAGCACCACCGUCACACAAGAGGCCGGAUGGAUUUUAUUUUUAGCAUUAUCAUAGCUAUUUCCUGGAAAUUAGAAUUUCUGUUAUAAAUAAUAAUAUUAAUAAUAAUAAUAAUAAUAAUAAUAAUAAUAAUAUGAAGGAACAUUGUGGUGGUCGGUUUGUGCUGCCUUGGCCAACCGGCCGGGCGUUCUGUCAGGACAAUAACAAAAAUAUUAUUAUUAAUAAUGAUAAUAACGUUAUCGACCUGGAGCGGGAGAAGAGAUGGGCCGAACUUUUCGACCAGCUGGACCUGAAUAAAGAUGGGCGAGUCGACGUCCACGAACUACGGCUGGGGCUGGCCGCCUGGGGAAUGUUACCAAGGCAUGACGCGGAGGAGCAGAUCCUGCGGGCAGGGGACACUAACCUGGACGGGCAGCUGGAUUUCGAGGAAUUCAGUCGGUACCUGCGGGAGCAUGAGAAGGAGCUCAGACUCAUGUUCCGAAGCCUGGACAAGAACAACGACGGAGAGAUCGAUGUGUCUGAGAUCCAGCAGUCUCUGCACAGUCUGGGGGUGUGUGUAUCCUACGUGGAGGCAGAGAAGAUACUGCUCAGUAUGGAUAAGGACGGGACGAUGACUGUAGACUGGAACGAGUGGAGAGACCACUUCCUGUUCAACCCCAUCACCAACAUGGAGGACAUCGCAUAUUACUGGAAACACUCUGUGGUCCUGGAUAUCGGGGAGUGUCUCACGGUCCCGGAUGAAUUUUCGGAGCAGGAGAAGCGCACAGGGAUGUGGUGGAAGCAGCUGGUGGCAGGGGGGAUGGCAGGAGUUGUGUCCAGAACUGGCACUGCUCCACUUGACCGACUCAAAGUGUUCUUGCAGGUUCACGGUUCGAGGGAUCGCAGCCUGCAUGUGCUGAGGGGUCUGCGGGGGAUGGUUGCGGAGGGGGGCUUACGCUCGCUGUGGCGGGGGAACGGAAUCAACGUUCUCAAAAUCGCACCCGAGUCCGCCAUCAAGUUCAUGGCCUACGAGCAGAUCAAGAGAGCGAUCAGAGGCAACGAGGGGACGCUGCGGGUGCAGGAGCGCUUUGUUGCGGGGUCCCUGGCAGGGGCCACAGCACAGACCAUCAUCUACCCCAUGGAGGUGUUGAAGACACGUCUGACCCUGCGUAAGACUGGCCAGUACUCUGGCAUGUGGGACUGUGCUCGACAGAUCCUGCGCAAAGAGGGGGUGCGGGCGUUCUAUAAGGGGUAUGUCCCCAACAUGCUGGGCAUCAUCCCCUACGCAGGCAUCGACCUGGCCGUGUAUGAGACCCUAAAGAAUGCCUGGCUUCAGAACUACAGCCACAACUCUCCUGACCCAGGGAUCCUGGUUCUGUUAGCCUGUGGAACGACCUCCAGUACCUGCGGACAGCUCGCAAGCUACCCCCUCGCACUGAUCCGCACCAGGAUGCAGGCGCAAGGUCAAAAAAGUCCCCUGGGUCAACAUUGUCUAUACCUUUUAGGAUUUUGAAUGUUUGAAUCAGAUCGCCGCGUAGUCUUCCUUGUUCAAGACUGAAUAGAUUCAAUUCUUUUAGCCUGUCUGCAUACGACAUGCCUUUUAAACCCGGGAUAAUUCUGGUUGCUCUUCUUUGCACUCUUUUUAGAGCAGCAAUAUCCUUUGUAACGAGGUACCUCAAUAUUGGUGGAGCACGGGCACCACAGGCACAUAUAACUCGCCGCCUAUGGACACAGAGACACUAAGACACAUAUACUGAGAGAGACACAGAGACACUGACUCACUGACACUGAGACAUAGAGACACUGACACUGAGACACAGAUAUUUAGACACUGACUCACUGACACUGAGACACAGACACUGACUCACUGAGACACAGACACUGAGGCACACACUGACACACAGACAGACAUGCAGAGACAGACACACAGACGCUGGCAUACAGACGCACACACAGACACAGAGACACUGACACACAGACGCAGAGACACUGACAUACACACACUGAGACACGUGUUAUGAAACUCAAUCUCUUACAAUUACAACAUUAAUUCGGUUGUCAUUAUCAAUGAUUAUUAAUAAAGUAUGAGUAAGACUCAAAUGACUCAUAAUUGAAAGUUAACCAGGCAUCGGUAUAUGACUCCUUCAGGUGGUGGAUAGGAGCUCAGCGUGUCUCAUAACUACCCUGACUGGCUGACCAUAUACUAACCUUGUAGUGCGCAGGUGAUGCAGUGCUCAAACAACAACAAACAGUGUUCACGGUCCCAACAGUUCUUUAAUUGUUUUCAUGGUUUGGCAAAGUUAAAUAAUAAUGCUGGGAACUACAAAGCAAUGUGUAGUUGCACAGGUAAGCAAAACAGGGUUUCAGUCCUGAAAUAAUAACACAAGAAUACAGGCACGGCUCUGCGUCCUUUCUCGCGGUGCUCCAGUGCUGAUGGUGAAUACAUUUUGUGACUAGUGCAGUAUUUGGAAUCUGGGUUUUUAAUGCUGGCUGGAACAGCGAAAGCUCCCAGUUGUUAGCCGUCUACUAAAUACAAAUGGAGUGAUUAACAAAACAAAUAGAAACACUCACCAUUUCGUUAUCUUCCCCUUUUUGGAUGGCCGACUUCCGACUGACCCUGGAAUGAACUAUCAAACUAUCCAGUCCGGGGCACACUGUUCCUGUUAUACCGUGCCCUCACAGGUCAGGAUUGUUGACUCUGAUUCAUUUGCUCUCUGUCACAGCCCCUUAACUGUUACCUUUUAUCUAUUCUUAUGAAAUUGGCCAUAAAACAAUUUCCAUCAAACAGCUCAUCAUGCUUCACCCAGCGGUCACCUUAUGAUAUAUACCACAGGUUAAGUACAGGUCAUUGUGCUUCACCCAGCGGUCACCUUAUGAUAUAUACCACAGGUUAAGUACAGGUCAUUGUGCUUCACCCAGCGGUCACCUUAUGAUAUAUACCACAGGUUAAGUACAGGUCAUUGUGCUUCACCCAGCGGUCACCUUAUGAUAUAUACCACAGGUUAAGUACAGGUCAUUGUGCUUCACCCAGCGGUCACCUUAUGAUAUAUACCACAGGUUAAGUACAGGUCAUUGUGCUUCACCCAGCGGUCACCUUAUGAUAUAUACCACAGGUUAAGUACAGGUCAUUGUGCUUCACCCAGCGGUCACCUUAU